AUGCUUCCAAAACCCCGCGGUGAGCCUUGCUUCCUCCGGUUCCUACCCAAAGCAUCCCAACUUUCUCAAGACAAAACGCGUAGUGAGGCGAGAGCGCGGGAGGGAGGCGGGAAAAGGGUGUCGGGCCGAGCCUCGGUCGCGAUCCCGCGGAGACGCGGGCCCCUCCCCGCGGCCCCCUCCCGCCCAAACAACCCCGGCUCCUCCAGCCGCCGCCCAGCCGGGCCCGUCCUGCCACAAGAGGCUGGAGGCGAGGAAGCGACGACCGAGAUACUGCGGCAACCCCAGCGCCGCAGUCCGGACUCACCACGCCGGGCCGAGACGCCGCGUCUACAACUUCAAGAGACUGCGCCUGCGCAGCCGACCUCCCCGCCGGUAGGGGCGUGGCCUCGUGCGCCCGCCCCACAGCAGGGCGGGUUCCAGGCCGCGCUUCUGGCGGUCGGGCACCGGGAGUGGGGCGUGGACAGGGCGGGGUCGGCUCGCGUCGCGCCUGCGUUCUCUAAGUCUGCAGAGUGCUACAGCGAUCACUUCCCGUGGCUCUCCUCGGCUCGGCCAGCGCCUGGCGGAGGGGGGCGCUCAAGAGCCCGGAGGUCGCCGGGAGGACCAGUGGAGAAGCCGGAGGAGGAAGUGGUCCGGAGCCCGGUGGGCGCGAGCGGAGAUGGUGCUGCCGGGGUCGCUGCACGGGAGUGCACGCCGUGCGAUCCUCGGGUCGGCGCAGUCUGUGCUCUGGGAUUCCGGGCUACUUGGGUCUGGGGCCGCUCUCGGGGGACGCAGGGAAGGAUGUCAGCGUUACUCCAGGAAGCUUGCGUGGGGAGGCAUUUUGGAAGAUACUGGCGUUUGAGCAAUGAAGGUUUGAAGUCAAUAAAAGGAAGCUGCCACAAUUUUUGUACUGCUGUUUUCAAAGAUGUCACUUACAAGGAACUUAAAAGUCUCUUGAAUUCCAGACAAAUUACGUUAAUUGAUGUUAGAGAGAGAUGGGAAAUUGUUGAGUAUGGGAAAAUUCCCGGGUCUGUCAAUAUACCACUGGAUGAGGUAGGUGAAGCUCUACAGAUGAACCCAAAAGACUUCAAAGAGAAGUACAAUGAAGUAAAACCAUCCAAAUCUGACAGCCUAGUGUUUUCUUGUUUAGCCGGAGUGAGAAGCAAGAAGGCUAUGGACACAGCAGUAUCUCUGGGCUUUAACAGUGUUCAACAUUAUGCUGGAGGAUGGAAGGAAUGGGCGACUUAUGAAUUUUCAGAAAAGAAAAAAGGAAAUUGAAUUCUGGAAUACAAGCUGGCUCUUUCCUUUUGUACAUGCAGCACAGGAUAGUAGAAUGAACAAAAUAAUAAUCUAGUCCUGGCAUCACUGGUUAAUGGGAAGGGGAUUUUGUGUAAGUCAAUUCUGUGUUGAAUCUUUUUCUUAACUGUAAACUGUAAAUUGAGAAUGCCUUGCCUAUUUCCUUGAGGAUUGAAAUAAUGUAUGUAACUUGCCAUAGAAAUAUAAGGGUUGGAUUCUAAAAAAAAAAAAAAAAAAAAAUUAAUGUUUAUUUAUGAGAGAGGGAGAGAGAGCAUGAGCAGGGGGCAGGGUUGCAGAGAGAGAGAGGGAGACACAGAAUCUGAAGCAGGCUCCAGGCUCUGAGCUGUCAGCACAGAGCCUGACGUGGGGCUCAAACCCACAAGCUGUGAGAUCAUGACCUGAGCUGAAGUCAGACACUUAACUGAGCCACCCAGGCGCCCCUGGUAUCCUAGAAAUUAAUUUGUAAAUAGUUUAGUGAACUAGUUUAGUUUAGUAUAGUACAAUAGUACUCUCAAAGCCCAAGUUACUUGUAGUACCUAAUCGUAAUGUAAGACCAUUUGUGUCAGCCUGGCUUCUAUUCAUUAAAGAGUCUAUGAGCUAGACAAGUUUUUUUUUUUUUAUGAUUAUAACAUAUUUUAGUUUGUAAAUUUUCCCAUUUUAGAAAAUUCAUAAAAUUGUCUUAAUAUGAUAUACAAAAUUUCUGAUAGAUAAACCUUUCACUCAUGAUGAAUAGUUACUGAAUAUUGAAUAAUAUAAAGCAGCUAGUAAGCAUUUCUUGAACACCUUUUCUUGGUUGAGAUCCUAUGCUAAAUAUUCCAAAUGCUAAAAAGAUAAUAAAAUAGAUGCGAUUCUUCUCUGAAGAUGUUUGAUUUCUAGCAGAGGUCUAUAAAAGUAAAAACAAACAAACAAACAAAAAAGCAGACUUUGUCUUAAAACACCAAGAAUCUGAGCUCUAGAAAAGUAGGUGAAAUAUGAAUAAUGAAAAUACAUUAACACCACCCAAAGACUUACGGCAAUGUUGUAACCAGUAUGGUAGCAAUAUAACUUGCAACUUAAAUUAAUUAAUAUGACCUAUAAAAAUAGAAAUCAUAGCGACUGCUUCUGUAGAGGGAAGAUUAACUGGAAAAAGCAAGGAGGGAAAUUUCUAGGGUGAUGGAAAUGAUUUAUAUCUUGAUUGAAGUGUUGGUACAUAGAGUAAUACAUUUAUCAAAAGUCA